AUGCCGACUCUCCGCAGCGCGACGGCGAACGGGUCCCUCGUGGGCACCCCAUCCCCUGCAGCGGCGAGCACGCCGCGCAGCGUCAAGCGCCGGCUGAUGCCAGGCCGCACCGGCGAGUCGCCCGACGCGUCGCGGCACACCUCCCCUCACCAAUUCCCGCACUCCGGCACCGGAACCGUGUGCAUGCCGAAGCUGCUCUCCGCGUCACCUAAGUCCUCCAGGAAGCGUCUCUACAGCGAUCUUGUCGCAGUCGAGAAGCCCAAGUGGAAUCCCCGAGAUGCCGCGCAGAUGAGGGCUGUCAAGGAGGCGCUGCACGUGGCAACAGUGCCGUCGUCUGAAUUGGUUUGCCGGGAUAACGAGCUGAGGCGCGUCCUUGAGUUCUGCAAGGCGUGCGUCGAGCAGGAGAAGGCUGGUAGUCUCUAUGUCUGCGGGUGCCCUGGCACAGGGAAGACAUUGUCUAUUAGCAAGAUCAAGGAUAGCUUGGUGUGUUGGGCAGAUGAGAUGGGAAUGGAGACACCUGAUUCCUUAGGAAUCAAUUGUACAAACCUAGCAAACACCUCUGAGAUAUUUGGCAAGAUACUAGGAAAAUUUCAGAACCGAAAAAAGGGAAGCAGCAAAUUGUCACCACUUCAGCAACUUCAGAGCAUGUUUUCCAACAAGGAUUCAGCUCCAAGAAGAAUGAUGCUGGUCAUUGUGGAUGAGAUGGACUACUUAAUAACAAGAGACCGUGCUGUGCUACAUGAUUUUUUCAUGCUUACGACCUGUCCAUUCUCUAGAUGCAUACUAAUAGGAAUUGCAAAUGCCAUAGACUUAGCAGAUCGGUUUCUUCCAAAGCUUGAAUCCUUAAACUGCAAGCCUCUUGUUGUGACUUUUCGAGCAUAUUCCAAGGAUCAAAUAUCUGACAUAGUUAAGCAUAGGCUAAAGGAUCUUGAGUAUGAUGUUUUUGAACCACUAGCUCUGGAGUUUUGUGCUAGAAAAGUUGCAGCAGCCUCUGGCGACAUGAGAAAAGCUCUAGGCGUUUGCAGGAGUGCCAUGGAGGUUCUUGAAGCAAAGCUACAAGAUUCCCCUGAUCAAGAAUUAGGAAUAGUGACAUUUGACCAUAUGGAUAUAGCUUUGUCAAAAGCAUUCAAGUCAGCAGUCGUAGAUAGCAUACUGUGUCUUCCCCAGCACCAACAGAUGGUGCUGUGUGCACUGGCAAAUACUUUUCAGCAUUGCAAGAAAAAGGCUACUACUCUAGGCGAGCUCAACAAAUCAUACAUUGAGAUUUGUAGAUCAACCCAAGUUCCAGCAGUUGGAAUGCUUGAAUUCUCUAACAUGUGUAUGGUUUUGAGCGAUCAGGGGUUCAUGAAGCUAGGGCAAUCCAAGGAAGAUAAGCUUAGGAGAGUAACGCUUCAGAUUGACAGAUCAGAUAUCACUUUUGCCUUUAAGGUGCUUUCAUUCAACAUGAUCAAACCUUGGUUACAUCAUGAAGCUCUUUCUUGGAGUGCGGAGAUAAGUGUACGUGAUGAGUUAUGGUAG